UCGCGCCGCCAGUGAGAGCAAGCGACCCGCGGCUCUGUCCAUCCUCCUGUCCGCCGGGCCUGUCAGCGGGAGCGCGGCGCCGGUGUGGCCGGCCCGGCCACUCCGGCUUGUCGUCCAGUCCGUGCGGCGGACCUUGAGGAACCUAGAUGUUGAUGGACCCGCGAAGUUAAGUUCUGGGCUCGCGCUUCCACUCCGCCGCGCCUUCCUCCGGUUUCCGUCCGCUCGCGGCACCGACCUCGCUUCUCCCCAAUCUCGGACGGGCUCUUUGAGUCCCCUUCCCCUGGACCCCCAGUGCUGCGCUCUACCCCUUCUUGGCUCUCCGCGACUGGGGGAGGGGCGGGGGUCACCAUGGCCGAAGCGCCCCAGGUGGUGGAGAUCGACCCGGACUUCGAGCCGCUGCCCCGGCCGCGCUCGUGCACCUGGCCGCUGCCCAGGCCGGAGUUCAGCCAGUCCAACUCGGCCACCUCCAGCCCGGCGCCGUCGGGCGGCGCGCCCGUGCCCCCCGCCGGUGCCGGCGGGCCGCUUGCGGGGCAACCGCGCAAGAGCAGCUCGUCCCGUCGCAACGCGUGGGGCAAUUUGUCCUAUGCCGACCUCAUCACCAAGGCCAUCGAGAGCUCGGCGGAGAAGCGGCUCACGUUGUCGCAGAUCUACGAGUGGAUGGUCAAGAGCGUGCCCUACUUCAAGGAUAAGGGCGACAGCAACAGCUCGGCGGGUUGGAAGAAUUCAAUUCGUCACAAUCUGUCACUACACAGCAAAUUCAUUCGUGUGCAGAAUGAAGGAACUGGGAAAAGUUCUUGGUGGAUGCUCAAUCCAGAGGGAGGCAAGAGUGGGAAAUCCCCCAGGAGAAGAGCUGCCUCGAUGGACAACAACAGUAAGUUUGCUAAGAGCCGAGGCCGAGCUGCCAAGAAAAAAGCAUCCCUCCAGUCCGGCCAGGAGGGUGCCGGGGACAGCCCUGGAUCUCAGUUUUCUAAGUGGCCUGCAAGCCCUGGCUCUCACAGCAAUGAUGAUUUUGAUAACUGGAGUACAUUUCGCCCUCGAACUAGCUCAAAUGCUAGUACUAUUAGUGGGAGACUUUCCCCUAUCAUGACAGAACAGGAUGACCUUGGAGAUGGGGAUGUACAUUCUAUGGUGUACCCACCGUCUGCUGCAAAGAUGACUUCCACUCUGCCCAGUCUGUCUGAGAUAAGCAAUCCUGAAAACAUGGAAAACCUUUUGGAUAAUCUCAACCUUCUCUCGUCACCAACGUCAUUGACUGUUUCGACCCAGUCUUCACCUGGCACCAUGAUGCAGCAGACGCCAUGCUACUCAUUUGCACCGCCAAACACCAGUCUGAAUUCACCCAGCCCAAACUACCAAAAAUACACAUAUGGCCAAUCCAGCAUGAGCCCUUUGCCCCAAAUGCCUAUGCAAACUCUUCAGGACAACAAAUCGAGCUAUGGAGGUAUGACUCAGUAUAACUGUGCACCGGGGCUUUUGAAAGAGUUACUCACUUCAGACUCUCCUCCCCACAAUGACAUUAUGACACCAGUUGAUCCUGGGGUGGCCCAACCCAACAGCCGAGUUCUUGGGCAGAAUGUGUUGAUGGGCCCUAAUUCGGUCAUGCCAUCCUAUGGCAGCCAGGCAUCUCAUAACAAAAUGAUGACUCCCAGCUCCCACACUCACCCUGGACAUGCUCAGCCAACAUCUGUGGUUAAUGGGCGUGCCUUGCCCCAUGCGGUAAACACCAUGCCCCACACCUCGGGUCUGAACCGCUUGGGCCCAGUGAAGACAUCUUUACAAGUGCCUCUGCCUCACCCCAUGCAGAUGAAUGCGUUGGGGGGCUACUCCUCAGUGAGCAGCUGCAACGGCUACGGCAGGGUGGGCAUUCUCCACCAGGAGAAGCUCCCGAGCGACUUGGACGGCAUGUUUAUUGAGCGCUUGGACUGUGACAUGGAGUCCAUCAUUCGGAAUGACCUCAUGGAUGGAGAUACUUUGGAUUUUAACUUUGACAAUGUGUUGCCCAACCAAAGUUUUCCGCACAGUGUCAAGACGACAACACACAGCUGGGUGUCAGGCUAAGGGUUAGUGAGCAGGCUACACUUAAAAGUACUUCAAAUUGUCUGACAGCAGGAACUGAGAGAAGCAGUCCAAAGAUGUCCUUCACCCCUCUUUUUCAUUUUCUUGAUUUAAAAAAAAAAAGUUUCUUUUUUCCUUUCGUCAGACUUGGCAGCGAAGACACUUUUCCUGUACAGGAUGUUUGCCCGAUGUUUGCAGGUUAUGUGCUGCUGUAGAUAAGGACUGUGCCAUUGGAAAUUUCAUUACAAUGAAGUGCCAAACUCACUACACCAUAUAAUUGCAGAAAAGACUUUUGGAUCCUGGUGUGCUUUCAAGUUUUGUAUAUAAGCAGUAGCUACAGAAUUGUAUUUGUGUGUGUGUGUGUGUGUAUGUGUGUGUGUGUUUUUUAAAUAUCCAUUUGGUCCAAGGAAAGUUUGUAUUCUUUUUGUAAUACUGUGAUGGUCUCAUGUCCUCGAUAAGUUAAACUUUUGUUUGUACUACCUGUGUUCUACUGAACUGAUGAAUCACGAAGAAUCAAGCUCUCCAUACUGCACCUCCGUUGAACAGUUUUGGACCUGUUCACAUUGCCACAUAAUUUACAUGAGAACCAAUAGCCUGUUAUCAAUCUGCUGAAUCAACGGACUUGUCAAACUCUUGAAGAAAAGAAAAAUAAUUAAAUGCCAGCCUUGUACAGGUCUUUUCUAUUUUUUUGUUUGUUUAUUUUGUUAUUUGCAAAUUUGUACAAACAUUUAAAUGGUUCUAAAUUCCAGAUAAAUGAUUUUUGAUGUUAUUGUUGGGACUUGAGAUCAUUUUUGGAAUAGAUAUUGAACUGUAAUGUUUUCUUAAAACUAGAGUCUACUUUGUUACAUAGUCUGCUUGUAAAUUUGUGGAAUCCCAGAUAUUUGAGGCAGCAUCCAUAAUUUUCAUUUUGUAUUUCUAACUGGAUUAGUACUAAUUUUAUACGUGCUUAACUGGUUUGUACACUUUGGGAUGUUACUUGGUGAUGUUUCUGACUAAUCUUAAAAAUCAUUGUAAUUAAUACUUGCAUACUCAACAUUUCUGGCCCUAUUUUGGCAGGAGAGUGAUAUGUAGCUAUAAACAUUUCGCAUUUCAUGUUUAGGAAAAUUUAAUAUGGUUUUUUACAUGUAUUUUAAAGAAACUCCAUCAGCUUCCAUUGUCUCUGUGAACCAAGCACACUGCAUAGCGUUGAGGCCUCUUAUAGACGGCUGUACGCUGUGUGUGGUGCAGGUUCCUCCUGGAAGGCCUAGUAAUGUUUGUAGAUCAGAACUGGCAAUGGGGGGUGGGGUGUCUGCAUCUAAAACAUUGCUCAAACUGGGGUUGAUUAUUAUUUUUUUGACCAACUUAAAUUUUUAGAGGUGAGUUCAGCAGAGUCUCCCCCCCUCAGAUUCCUGUGCUCUUGUUUCAGUCCAGGUGGAGAACUCUGCAGGAUCAUGUGAACACUCACCCUUCUCACCCUCCCCCCCCACCCCGCAGAGUACUUAGCAUGCUGUGGAAAUGUAAGUCAAAGGGAGAAUUUUUUAAAUGGAACUUCGGUGAUUUGUAGAAUGCUCUAUGUUCAUGAGUGCAGGCGGCUCCAAAUGGAAUAGAAGUUGUUUUAAAUUGGGGCAGUUAAUUUGAAAACCAAUAAACCAGUUGUAAGUUGUAUAUUUGAAUGUAUUUUAAAAGCCUUUACAUACAUUAAAAUUGGAGACUUUCUUUUAACCUUUAAUAAUAUAAACUGUAAUUUUUAUUAUUAUGAUUUAAAAUUUCUCAAUUACAAGUAACUGAGAGACCAAAUUAAUUGGCUUUGCCUCCCAUUUAAUGCAUUAAUAUUUUCAAGUCACCUGGAAUGUCCAAAGUGGAACAGGUGCACAAAAAUGUUCCACUUGCCUUCUUGAGGGCUCUGAUUUCUGUGCACUUAGCUGAAGCCACACUUACUUUGUCUUGCAUGUGAAUUGCAUCUCUUCGAUUGGAUUUUCAUACAUAUUUAACAAGAAAGCAAGUGUAGCUGAUAGAUUUCCUAUAGGAGGCCAGUUCUAUUGUAAACUUUCCACCAUGACUUCUACCAUUUUGAAAUUUCAUUAAACAGACACCUCUCUGACCGUCCUCGUUGUUGGCUACUCCAAAAUGUUUGGUUUUAGAAACCUUAGUUUCUCUGAGCAGGGCCUCUUGUGCAGGUGAUAAAACAUGUUGGUGCCAGAGUACUCACAUUCAUUCCUGUUAUCCAGUGCUACCACUCCUCCUUGGGUACCCUAACGCAGAAGCUGCCCAGCCCUUCACCAGGGAGGCAGCUAUAGCUGAAAUCAUGGUUAAAAUCUUGCUGACUUUUUUGAGUGACUUUAAAACAUCUCUUCCUACUGAGUCUGUAAAUAUAUAUUUUUAUCCCUUCAAUUUUUUCUUUGUGUUGAAAUUCUAAACAUGAAUCCUGGGUAGCUCUCCUGGGGUACAGUGAAGUCCAGUGAAAAGCACCUUGUCUAUUUUGAAAACAUUAUGUGACCUCUUGUAAUUCUUUUUCUGUACGAAUACUGACAUUCUGGAGUAAUUAGUAUAUCAGUUAUUGUACAUGAUUGCUUUGUGAAAUGUGCAGAUGAUAUCACCUAUGCAGCCUUGUUUGAUUUAUUUCCUCUGGUUUGUACUGUUAUUAAAAGCAUAUUGUAUUAUAGAGCUAUUCAGAUAUUUUAAAUAUAAAGUAUUGUUUGCGUAAUAUAAACGUAUGGAAUAUAUUUAGGUAAUAGAUGCAUUACUUGGGAAGUUCUGCUUUGACAACUGACAAAGUCUAAAUUAGCAAAUGGUGUGUCCCAGUGAGCAGUAGUAAAUGGAACAUCCCAAGAAGAGGAGAAAGGACACUUAAAAUGGAAACAGUUAUCCAAUUUGGACUUGUUCAACUGUUGGAUAUAUGUUACCAGUCUCCCCUCCCUCCCAACCUCACCCCUUUCUUGAAAUUCUUACAAGUUCUUAAUUUAUAACUGACUUUGAACCAAGAAGUUUCUCUUGUGGGUUUAGUUCGGGAGUAAUCAUUCAGUAAAACAUACAGUGUGGUUUAUGCAAACAAAACCUGGCAUUACUCUUGGCCUCCUCCUUGAGCGUGGUGCACUGCUUGGCAGUGUGGCCGGGGUAGCCACCGAAGCCUGGUUAGGACAUAGUCACGCCCGCCAAGCAUUUUGCUACUCAAGUUUAGUAACAGUGCAGAUUCCAUGUUCCUGUUCCGAUCCUCUCUGAGAAGUGCCUGAUGAUGCUGAUGUACUUACAGACACAAGAACAAUCUUUGCUUUUACUGUAUAAAGCCAUAAAUGUACAUA